UGGGGGCUGGGAAGAGGCUGGAUGGCAGCAGCACCCCAGGAUGGGCCGUGGCAUGGGGACAGAGUGCCCAGCUAAGCUGUCCCUGUGUCCCACAUUGUGCUGGCUGUCACUGGGGCCACUUAUCCAACAUCCUGCGGUACGUGUGGUGCUGUACCACUGCUCCUGCUGCAGCAGCCACAUCCUGGUGGUGUUGAGUCGUGCUCUGGGUAAAAAAGUUGGGGGGCUGUGGAUAGCUUUUCCUCCUCUGGCUAUCCAUCCAUCCCCUGUGUCCCCAGGUGCAGCAGGUGCUGCAGACUGAGAUGACGGGGUGACGCUAUGGGUGCUGCCUGGUGGCAGUGCCCCCCCCUCGCCGUUGGAGGGGGCAUGGCUGGCAUUGCUGAGUGACACCCUAUCUGCCAGGCCCCGGCCAGCCGCGGGCCCAGAAUAGCAGCGCUGCCCUGCAGUCAGCAUGGAGCAACUCUCCAGCCCUGCCGCUCCCCAGAUGGUGCUGCUGGAUGCUGCUGCCCGCCCCAUGGAGGAAGGGUUCCCAGAGGCACUACAUCCCAGGGGAAAAGAGGAGGAGGAGGAGGAGGAAAAGCAGAAGGGCUCCGGGCCCGUCACUUUCACGCUGGGCAAUGAGAUCCUGGGGCUGGAACCUGACAACAAUUUUCAGAGCCCUGACGCUGAGGUCUACAUGCACUUCAUGAGGAGUCACUGCUGCUAUGAUGCUGUUCCCACCAGCUGCAAGCUUGUUGUCUUUGACACCACGCUGGAGAUCAAGAAAGCUUUUGUGGCACUGGUGGCCAACGGGGUGCGGGCAGCCCCACUGUGGGACAGCAAGAUGCAGGCCUUUGUGGGGAUGCUCACCAUCACUGACUUCAUCAAUAUCCUGCACCGCUACUACCGCUCGCCCCUGGUGAGUGCCCCAGACUGUGAUGGGCAUGAUUCUGCCCUCAGGGUGAUGGGAGGAAUGUGGGGGAACGAGGCAGCCCUUAGCCAUGCCACCCUGAGUAGGGCAUCAUCUUGCCCUCAGGUCCAGAUCUACGAGGUGGAGGAGCACAAGAUUGAGACGUGGAGAGAGGUGUACUUGCAGGGCUCCUUCAAGCCGCUUGUCUACAUCUCCCCAAGCGAUAGCCUCUUCGAUGCCGUCUACUCCUUGAUCAAGCACAAGAUCCAUCGCCUGCCAGUCAUUGAGCCCAUCUCAGGCAACGUGCUGCACAUCCUCACCCACAAGCGCAUCCUCAAGUUCCUCCACAUCUUCGGCUCCACCAUCCCCAAGCCGCGCUUCCUAAAGAAAACAGUGCAGGAGCUGUGUGUCGGCACCUUCCGUGACGUGGCUGUCGUACCUGAGAAUGCUCCUGUGUAUGCUGCUCUGGAGAUAUUUGUGGACCGCCGUGUCUCUGCGCUGCCUGUUGUUAAUGCUACAGGUCAAGUGGUUGGGCUCUACUCCAGGUUUGAUGUCAUUCAUCUGGCAGCACAGAAGACAUACAACAACCUGGACAUCAGCGUGGGGGAGGCGCUGCGGCAGCGCACCGUAUGCCUGGAGGGCGUCCUCACCUGCUACCCCCAUGAAACCAUGGAGGACAUCAUCGACCGCAUCACCGAGGAGCAGGUCCAUCGCCUGGUUCUGGUGGACGAGAACCGGUACCCGCGGGGCAUCGUCUCCCUCUCUGACAUCCUCCAGGCCUUGGUGCUCACUCCCGCAGGUAUCGAUGCUCUUAACUCUUAGCCCACGACGCUCCAUCUUUCUCCAUUCGCACCCUCCAUUUCUCUCCACUUCAGGUAGGCGCUGCCCCUCUGCCACUGCAGAGCUGGCCAGGGAGGGGGGAUCUGGGAGCACUGGGGGUGCCCAGGUGGUGACACAAGGCGAUGGCAGUCCCAGGGUCUCUAGGUGGGAUGCAGGUUGCACAGUUCUUAGGGCUGGGUGAUGGUUUUGGGGACAUGAUGCAGCCCAAGACAAAACUUAACCUUUUGGCAUCGCUUCCUGGUCUUCAUGUCCACCUGGUCCCCAACAGUGCCCCGUGCAUAAGGUGUCAGGGCUGCAUUAAGCAGGCAUGGGACCUGCACGAUGCCCACAUGGGUGGCAGUGCCAGGGGGAGACCAGCAGUAUAUCCCCCUCCAGACCAACCCCAUCUCCUUCACCAGUGCUUGUACACGAGUCCGGGAUGAAGGUUGUCCCUGUGCUCUGUGUCCCGCAGCUGCAGGGUGGGAUGCAGUGCUAUGCUGCAGGGUGCCCAGCCCUGUGUGGUGCCCACAGGGGGGUUAUGGCCUCGCACACUCUCUCGCCCUGCAGGCAUUGAUCGACACUCGCUCUGAGGACACCAGGGAAGUGCCACAGGCUCAUCCAACGCGGGGCCUCUUGCUCGGGUACCGCAGGGCCGUGGAAGGAGGCUUGGGGCCCAGGGGCUCUCCAUGGGGUGGGGCUGCCCACCUACCCUGGCCCUGGGAUUCACUCUGAGCCUGGGGCCAACUCCUGCCAACCUUGGGAGGAACAGAGCGGGGGAAAAAGGGUCCAAGCGUGCCUCCAGACUGCGAGCACACAGGGAUGCUCAGUAGGCACCGUGCCACCAGGAGCUGUGCAGCUGGACACAGGAACACCUGCAUGGCCCUGGGGGACCUGCAACAUCCCCCCCUCCCAGCGACUGCUGUCCCCUCCUGCUGUGAGACCCCAGUGUUUCAGGUCCCACUGGUUGUGCCGGGUGCCUGGGAGGAGCGCAUGGCUCAGCUGCACGCACAGGCUUGUUUUUUGUAGGGUCUCCAGGGCUGAGCGCUCUGGUAGAGGUGCUCACAGGGGGACCCUGUACACUGAUAGGGGGAUGGGGGGUAAUUUAUUUAUUUGCCAGUCCCUUCAUCCUUGCUGGAAUAAAGCAGCCUACC